GUGCUGUUCGGGGAAGAAACUGUGAACGCGCCUACCUUCCCGGAUUCCGUCAGCAGCGGAGAUGUCAAGUUAAUAAAGAAGGAAGGUGACGCAUUAGCAAUGGACGAGGUUGUCAUGGAGAUCGAGACGGACAAGACUGCGUUACCGGUCAUGUGUCCCGGACACGGCACGCUCACCAAGCUACUGGUCAAACAAGGACAAAACGUCAAAUCUGGAGAACCACUGUUUAAAGUGAAUGUAACCGGCAUAGCACCAGUGAAGGCAGCCCCAGCACCCGCAGCGGCAGCUCCUGCGCCGGCCGCAGCCCCGGCCGCCGCCGCCCCGGCUCCCAAGGCUCCGGCGGCAGCUGCACCCGCCCCUUCCGCUGCCGCGCCUACCACCGUCACUACCACGGUCGUCAAAGGCAGCAAAGGACCGACGGCGGCAGCGUUGAAGGUGUUGGAUCCCAGCAAGGCUAUAUCGGGGACCCGCACGGAGCACCCGGUGCCUAUGAACAAGAUGCGACUGCGCAUUGCCCAACGACUGAAAGACGCGCAGAACACAACCGCCAUGCUCACUACCUUCAACGAAUGCGAUAUGAGCAAACUAAUGGCGUUCCGCAAGGCGAAUUUGAAGACAUUUGUCAAGAAGUACGGCGUGAAGCUCUCUUUCAUGUCUCCGUUCAUAAAAGCGGCGGCCAACGCCCUCAUCGACCAGCCAGUCAUUAAUGGAGUCAUCAUGGACAAUGAUAUCGUCUAUAGGGACUACGUCGACAUUUCUAUCGCAGUAGCGACUCCCCGUGGUCUGGUCGUGCCUAUUCUACGUAACGUUGAUUCCAUGGACUAUCCGGCCAUCGAGCUAGCCAUGAACGAACUGGCUAAUAAAGCCAAGAGCGGCAAACUGGUACCGGCAGACAUGCAAGGUGGUACAUUCACAUUGAGCAACGGAGGUGUCUUCGGGUCACUCCUGUCUAUGCCUAUCAUCAACUUGCCGCAGUCGGCCAUCCUGGGCAUGCAUGCUAUCAUUCAGAGACCUGUCGCUGUAUCUGGCAAGGUUGAAAUCAGGCCGAUGAUGUACCUCGCCUUAACGUACGACCAUAGGCUGAUCGACGGCCGCGAAGCAGUGCUAUUCCUACGCAAAAUAAAGUCUGGAGUCGAAGACCCCACAUCAAUACUUGCUGGCAUUUGAUUUUACUGCAAAUUUAUUAGGUAAUUCUGUCUACACGGGUCUCUUAUUCUUUACUGAUUUUUAUUUAACGGGUUCUGCACCAUUCCUGAGCAUCCCUCCGGAC